CGUGUGCAUGGCUGUGUGUUAAAUGGAUUUUCUUACUCACAACUGCAUAUAAAAGCACCCGAGGACAGCCAGAGUUAUUUUAGUUGAUUGAAAGUGAACUUAAAAGUAAUGUGAAGAGUAAGCAAUAAAAUUAAUAAAGCAAACACAUUGCCACAAGACUCGGCGCUUACCUUGCCCAUACACACAAGGCGCAUUCUUCGCAAGAAAAUGAAAGUACUCCUACUGUGGCUGAUUGGAUGGUUACCUGGCGCUCUGGUGCAGGGUGCGAUCACGUAUAAUGCGGAUAGGAACAUUUCCGAUGUGGCCAUUGCUCUGUCGGAAAUAAUCAACGGCUUAAAGCCACGCCAAUUAGCCAUACUGGCGGCACCUCAGUUCCACUUCACUAAACGGCAUGCACCCUUGCCAGCUUCGGCCGAAAUUCCCGACGAUUCGCAAUUAGAGGGCAUGCAAAUGGACAUCGACGACUUCAUCUAUCAACUGCAUAAGCUCAACUUUAAGUCCGUCAUUUAUGAUAAGGCCGAUUUAUUUUUCAAAUUCGUCGAAGAUAGCCUACAGGGUUCGAUUGAGAGCGUCAAUCUGAUAUUUAGUGCACCCUAUGAGCUCUCGGCGCGUAUACAGGAGCGUCGGUUGUCGCAUCGGCUGAGCUUAUUCAUAUUCUACUGGGGCGCCAAGCAUCCGCCGAAGGCGCAUGAAGUGCGUUUUGAGGAGCCAAUGCGGGCGGUGGUUAUAACGAGGCCCAGAAAGAAGGCGUUCCGUAUAUACUACAAUCAAGCUGUACCCGACGGUGUGAGCAAUCUGCGUUUGGUGAACUGGUAUGAUGGCGAUAAUUUGGGCUUGCAAAAAGUACCGCUACUGCCCAAUGCUGCAACGGUUUAUUCGAACUUCAACGGACGCGUAUUCCGAGUGCCCGUCUUUCACUCUCCGCCCUGGUUUUGGGUCAGCUAUGAGAACGAUUCCACAAACUCUACCAUGCUUGACGACUACAUUGACUCCACCAAUGACUACAACGAGUUCACAGAAGUGAAUGUCACUGGCGGACGAGAUCAUUGCCUCCUCAACCUGCUGGCGCAGCAUAUGAAUUUUCAGUUUGUUUACAUAGAAGCGCCAGGCAGGACACAGGGUUCCUUGCGCAAUGAUGACACAGGCGAGGAGAAUGAUACAUUUACUGGAGGCAUAGGACUCUUGCAAAAUGGUUUAGCUGACUUCCUACUCGGCGACGUCAGCCUCAGUUGGGAGCGUCGCAAGGCCGUAGAGUUCUCCUUCUUCACACUGGCCGACUCUGGCGCUUUUGCGACGCAUGCACCGCGUCAUCUCAACGAAGCCUUCGCCAUAAUACGUCCGUUCAAGCGCGAUGUGUGGCCCUAUCUCAUAUUAACGGUUAUAUUUUCGGGUCCCAUAUUUUAUGCCAUAAUUGCUAUACCCUACAAGUGGCACUUGCCAUGUCAAAAGCGCGGAGCAAGGCGUCGCUUGCGUAGGCAACAACAAUGUGACGUGGAGCGCGCCGACGAGUUGGUCUUUCAUAUGGCAUACAUUAAGGAAAUCACAGGCGACAACGAGAUGACAAGGCGUUUACUGCGACAGCAACAACAACAGCAACGUCAAGGGGUAGUCCAGCAGAUGCGCAGUGGCAGAGUACAGGGAUUGGCGGAAAUACCAAACAAUCUUUUUGAUAAAUGCAUUUGGUUCACAGUGCAACUCUUUCUCAAGCAAUCUUGCAAGGAGCUUUAUCACGGCUAUCGUGCCAAGUUUCUCAUGAUCGUCUACUGGAUUGCGGCCACCUACGUGCUGGCUGAUGUCUACUCCGCCCAGCUAACGUCGCAGUUCGCGCGUCCGCCACAUGAGGCACCAAUUAACACGUUGCAACGUCUGCAGAAGGCCAUGCUGCGCGAUGGCUAUCAACUGUUUGUGGAGAAGGAAAGCUCAUCGCUGGAAAUGCUGGAGAAUGGCACUGAGGUAUUUCGCCAAUUGUAUGCGCUCAUGAAGCUUCAGAAUCCGGAUAUGGAGGGUUAUCUCAUUGAUUCCGUGGAAGCUGGCAUUUUAUUGAUCGCUGAUGGGCUGGAAAAUAAGGCGGUUUUGGGUGGACGAGAGACACUCUACUUCAAUAUACAGCAAUUUGGUUCCAAGACAUUUCAACUCAGCCAUAAACUUUAUACGCGUUACUCUGCGGUCGCAGUGCAGAUCGGUUGCCCUUUCUUGGAUAGUUUAAAUGAUGUCAUCAUACACCUUUUCGAAGGCGGCAUCCUGGACAAAAUGACAAAUGCCGAAUAUGCCACACAAUCGCGUAUGUUGGGUAAGGAAUAUAAUGCACUACAUCCCACGAAUCCCUCUGAAACCAAUGGCAACAAUGAGCCGCCACCGAGCGAUGACAAUCGCAAUGCGAACGGCGGUGGCGAUAUUAAUGGCAAGGGUGAGGAGAACACGGAGGCCACACCGAAAUCGCUGGACUCACAAAUCAUACAACCGCUCAACCUGCGCAUGUUGCAAGGCGCCUUCAUCGUCCUAAUCUGCGGCUACGCGGCGGCAACUGGUAUUCUUGUGUUGGAGCUGUGUUGUCAUCGUCUGAACUCGAAUUUUAUGGAGCGUACUCAGGCCCGCUUGUUGCGCCGUUAUCGCUGGUGUAGUCGGAAAAUCCGUAGAAUGACACAUAUGCUUUUUGUCAGAAUUAUGCGUUAAAUUAUUUGUUGUAUUGGUUGUUGUUGUCAUUUUGUGCCGGUGGACUUAUCACUCGACAGUUUUGCAUAACAAAUGGGAUUGUGCGGGUGCUUGUGAAAUUAGUCAAACUGUUUUUGUUGUUGUAAUGUAGAAAUAUUCUACAAAUGAGUUAAUUACCGCGACACCAGCGUAAAUGAGGCAGCUUUUGCAUAGUUUAGGCUUUACCUCAGCUUGUAGAAUUUUUAUUGCGGUGUAAUUGCUUAUCGGUAGUUUGGGAGUUUCUGAAGCGUAAAUUUACAUAAAGUUUGGUUUUUUGGAACGAAAAAGGAAACCACUAGGUGAAGUAGGCAAAGCGUGUAAUAAUGUAUGAUUAUAAACAUGUGUGAAGGUAUUGUCGAGCAUAAUCUAAAAAAUUAUAAAUUUUGUAAUGUUCUGUAUCUAAAACCAUUACAAAACCGUUAAUUGCACCGAUAUAACUUUGAACAAGUAAAUUUGUGUCACAAGAGCUUUAAAUAAAAUAAAAUUUAUAAAUGUUGCAAA